UGUAACUAGUAUCAAUCUGCCAAGAAAUGACAGUAGAUUGUAAAACGUGUGCAAAUUGUCUAAAAAAUCAUUUUUCUAAUAUUAUGAAUAAAUAAAGUUAAUAAUAAAACAAAAUAUGGAUUUGGAUACUGAGAAAGUUAUAAAUCUUGUAUUCCCACAAGGAAUAUCAGAAGUAUGGAAAAAUAGUUCAAAAUUUGCCCAAUACCUGUCAAAACUUGGUGGAUUUGAUGUUGAUCAAUUAACCAAAGAACCAGACCAUUUGUCAGAUGAAAGAAAAUCAGUGUUAGAAACUACUCAAGAAUUGGUAUUUGGAAAUUAUAAAACUUUUAUAUCAACUGCUGAGAGUUCUAGAGAAAUAUUUAAACAAUUUAAUGAGACCGAAAUACGGCUCGAUAGGCUGGUGCAAAAAAUUCCAGAAUUUGUGGAAAAGUGCCAAACAUUUUGUGAUACUUCGAAGGAUAUCAGUACACGUAGAAGAAUAAAUAGUUUAACAUUAACAAGAAAUGCGGAGUUACUUGAGGUAUUAGAGAUGCCACAAUUGAUGGAGUCAUGUUUAAGAAGUAAUCAGUAUAAUGAAGCAUUAGAACUUUCUCAAUAUGCACGUCAAUUAGGUGCAAAACAUGGUGAUAUUCCAAUCAUAGCAUCAAUAGUAGCAGAAAUUGAAAGUAGUUGGUCUGGAAUGGUUGGACAAGUUGUUGGUUCACUUAGAGGAGAUUUACCACUUCCAAGAUGUUUACAAUUAGUAGGACUUUUACGUUCCAUGGAUGCCUUUACGGAACCUGAGCUUCGUAUCAAAUUUCUUCAAGCACGUGAUAGUUGGUUACAAAGUCUUUUAAAUGAUAUUCCAAAAGAAGAUCCCAAUCUUCAUAUAACAAAGACUAUAGAAUUAUCUAGGAUACAUUUGUUUAAUAUUAUAACACAAUACAGAGCUAUGUUCAACGAUGAUGAAUUAAUAAUACCUGGUAGAGAUCCAAACAUAAAUGAAUCGGCUAUAUUUUAUCAUUGGUUAGACGAAAAGAUAACGCAGUUCCUUACAACAUUAGAACAAGAUUUACCAGGUGUAACAUCUAUAGAUUCUAUUUUGGGCCAGUGUACAUAUUUUGGUUUAUCUUUUGGAAGAGUUGGUGCUGAUUUUACUGGACGAAUGUCUGAUAUAUUUGUAAGAAUAAUAGGCGACAGAUUAGAAUUAGCUAUCAGAAGAACAACGAGAAAAUUUGAAAAAGAUAUGGAAACAUUUACAUUAAUUAAUAAACCACAAAGAACUGAUAUUAAAUCUGAUACUGCUGUUAAAUCUGAAAUUCCUCCGGAACAACUUGUAGAAUUUUAUCCAUUAGCUGAAUAUUGCAAUGGAUUAAUUUCUGCAUUUAACGAAUUGAGACCUUGUGCACCAGUUGCAGUAUCCACCAUGUGUACUAAACUUUUACAAGAAUCAUUACAUUCUGUAGCUAAAGCUAUGUUAAUUUUUUAUAAACAAGAACAACAGGCAUUUGCUGCUGUAGAACGUGAUAAUAUGAUUAGAUUUGCUGAAUGUUUAAGUGAAUAUCUAAUUCCUUAUGUACAGUAUUGUAUACAUGCUAUCUUUCCACCAAAUCAAAUUUCAAUGCAUCUGGGAAUUUCGGAAAUCGUAUUACAGCAAGAGGGUAUUACAUAUUUGGAUUAUAAAAGUAUAUUAGAACCUAUACUAUUUUUAUUACCACCUACUGCAAGUUUAAAAGCUACUAUUGUAUCUAAACUACCUUUAUCUACCGCACAAGAUAUUCUAGAUUCUACACAAAUAUCUACAAAUUCGGAUAAUUCUGCGAAAGAAGAAGAAGCUAUCAUCACUAUGUCAAUGCAAAAAGUCGAAAUUAUUGAUAAUAAAGAAAUAAUAGAAAAUAAUACGAAAGAUGAAAGAUCACAGAUACUAAAUGAAGUAUCUACUGAAGAAGAUAUUGAAAAGAAUUCAAUGCAAUUAUUAUUAUCAGAAAACAUUCCGGCAUCUAUAAAUUCUGAUUUAAAACAGGAUAAAUUAUUGUAAAUGAAAGAAACAAA